GCCUCUGUGGGAGGGGUGAAUGGGCGGGUUUUCCGUGAAGUCUGGGCUCGGUGGGUGGCGGAGGUGACCUCACUAGAGCGCCGCUUGCCCGGGUGGUGGGAGGCUCGUGCUCGGAUUCAAAGCGGGUUCUUGCUGUCCUCGCUGCUGCGGGUCUGAACCGAGCGCCAUGGCCCAGCCGCCGCCCGAUGUCGAUGAGGACGAUUGUCUUCCUGAGUACCGCCACCUCUUCUGCCCGGAUCUACUCCGGGACAAAGUCGCCUUCAUCACAGGUGGUGGCUCUGGAAUAGGGUUUCGAAUUGCUGAGAUUUUUAUGCGGCACGGCUGCCACACAGUCAUCGCCAGCAGAAGCCUUCCGAGACUGUUGAUGGCUGCCAAAAAGCUGUCUGCUGCCACUGGCCAGCGGUGUCUCCCUUUAUCUCUAGAUGUUCGAGCUCCCCCAGCCAUCAUGACUGCCGUGGACCAGGCACUGAAGGAGUUUGACAAAAUUGACAUUCUCAUAAACUGUGCGGCUGGUAACUUCCUGUGCCCAGCCAGUGCAUUGUCCUUCAAUGCCUUCAAGACUGUGAUGGACAUUGACACCUUAGGCACAUUCAAUGUGUCUCACGUGCUCUACGAGAAGUUCUUCCGGGAUCAUGGAGGAGUAAUUGUGAACAUCACAGCUACCUUGGGUAUCCGUGGGCAGGUGCUCCAACUGCAUGCAGGUUCUGCCAAGGCGGCUGUGGAUGCAAUGACACGGCACUUGGCUGUGGAGUGGGGUCCCCAAAACAUUCGAGUCAACAGCCUUGCCCCUGGCCCUAUCAGUGGCACGGAGGGGUUCCGGCGGCUAGUAGGUGACUUUAAAGCCAGCAAGGUCCUGGCCAGCCCCCUGCAGAGGCUGGGGAACAAGACAGAGAUCGCCCACAGUGUGCUCUACCUGGCCAGCCCUUUGGCAUCCUACGUGACGGGGGCCCUGCUGGUGGUCGAUGGCGGAACAUGGCUGAUGCAACCUAAUGACAUCAAGUUGAUGGCGGAUUUUGCAUCCUUCUCUGCUAAGCUCUAGGCGCUGGACAGCUGAGGCAAAGAAGGCUUUCUGAAGGGGAGACUGGCCCACAGCCUACUCUUGGAUUCCUAGGACCUGCCUCUCCCUCAGCUGAGAGCCCCAAACCAACCACCCCAGCAGAGUAUCUGAAGUGAAGACUGGCCCCUCCUCUGGGAGCUGUGCUGUGUCUACAUUGCCUUCCCAUGGCCCCACCUCCUGUGCACGGGUGGGAGUGGCCAAGCAAUUAGGGCCAGCCUGCUGACCUGCACACACCACACAGAUGUCUGCCAGGGGGCGGUUGGCAUUCCAGAGCUCCCUGGAGUGUGAGGGUACAGACCAGAUGCUGGGAUAUGCCCCUUACCCCCUGCCCUAGGGUUAGGGGCAAUCCCACUUGCCUGCUCUGCCUAGCCCCAGCCUGUGUCCAGUAGGUGCCCCGAGGUUCAAAGCCCUCAAAACUGUAGGUCAGCCCACUGUAGGAAAGGUAGGUGGGCACAUACCUUUCCUCCCUGCCUUGUUGUUACUGCUCAUUUGUAUAAGCACAGAUCCUAGAGCUCUGCCAAAAAAUGCAUUUCCUUCAAAAAUAUUUUUACU